CGGAUAUCGACUGUGCCGCUUAUAGCGCGCGCUGGACUUUCGGCCAAGAAAGGUCGAGGGUUCGAGUCCUGCUUCCCUGCCUGUUUCAUUACACUGGUGUCAGAAGUGUGAUCGGACCCUUGCAGCCACGACAGUGCGCGUGCUUGGCCGGUGAGAGUGUGUGUGUGUGCGCGCGCGCGCGCGUUCCUGUAAAAAGACGUAGGGUUCGCAAGCCAGCGCGAGGACGCGCUCUAUGAAAAAGGAGGGAUGAGUGUAACGACCCCUGGGGUUUAAUUAAUAAGGGCUAGAAGGUCGACGGUUCGAGACCUGCAUCAUUACAAUACGAACGGAGGAUGUCUAAGCCCCAGAAUGGUGAGCCAGGCAGCCCAGCAGGAGCCCCAGCAGCAGAUGAUCCAGAGGUGAUGUUCCAGGUGCCUGGUCCAACCGUCUCCUUCUCCAGACUACACUACUCUGUCACGGAGAGCAAUGGACUCUGCCACAAGACAGGACCUGAGAAACACAUCCUCAAAGACGUCAGCGGCAUCAUGAGACCAGGGAUGAACGCCAUCAUGGGGCCAACAGGGAGUGGAAAAACAUCUCUCCUGGAUGUGAUAGCAGGUCGUAAGGACCCAGCAGGGUUGAAGUUUGGUCAGGUUCUGAUCGAUGGGAAGAUGGUGGACUCUGACCUCCGACUCAUAUCUGCCUACGUGGUGCAGGAUGAUAUAUUGAUGGGAACCCUGUCAGUGAGAGAGAACUUGUUGUUCAGUGUGAACCUGAGACUAGACCCUAGACAUUAUUCUACAACUGACAAACAGCAGAGAGUGGACAGCAUCAUAGAUGACCUGGGUCUACAGGACUGUGCCCACACCAAGAUAGGAACAGAGUUCCUGCGUGGUGUGUCUGGGGGAGAGAGGAAGAGGUGCAGCAUCGGUAUGGAGCUCAUUACUUCUCCUCGUCUUCUGUUCCUGGAUGAACCCACCACUGGCCUGGACUCGAACACUGCUAACCACAUCAUCAACCUACUGCAUAGGCUGUCUAGAAGCGGUAAGACUAUCGUGUUCUCCAUCCAUCAGCCUCGUUACUCAAUCUUCAGCCGCUUUGACCACCUGACCCUGAUGCACCGAGGAGAGUUGGUGUACGCUGGAGCUGCUGGGAAGGCCCUGAGCUACUUCACUGACUUGGGGUAUCACUGUGAGCCGUUCAACAACCCCUCUGACUUCUUCCUAGACGUCACUAACGGAGAGGCUCAGUCUACACUAGACAUCACUUCAUUUAACUAUGAUGAUAAGGAGAACUGUGACAACAGCAACCUUCUGGCAGUGAGCUACAGACAGUCAACUCAGUACCAGAGGGUGGUGGAGGAGCUGGACCAUUUGACCCAGGGUCUGGAGGGAGGGGUCGGAGGUCAGGGACAGAAGGCCGACUACGUCACCUCCUUCUGGUACCAGAUGAGGAUAGUGGGUGGUCGUAUGGUGGUGAACUCUCUCAGGAACCCCCAGACAUCGUACGCUCAGCUGGCCCUCAACAUCUUCUUCGCUCUGCUGGUCGGCCUCAUCUACUACCAGAUCCCCCUGACUCUACCUGAAGCCCUACAGAACAGGAUGGGAGCAUUCUUUUUCCUCAUCAUCAACAUGGUGUUUGGGAAUCUUUCAGCUGUGGAACUCUUCAUCAAUGAGAGAGCUCUGUUCAUCCAUGAGAACUCUAGUGGGUACUACCGUACGUCCGUCUACUUCCUGUCUAAGAUAUUCGCUGACCUCAUCCCCAACCGCAUUGUUCCUAUCCUCAUCUUCUCAGCCAUCGCCUACUAUAUGAUGGGUCUGAAGCCAGCCUUCACAGCGUUCCUGCUCUUCACACUGACGUUGUCCCUGGUCAGUCUAGCUGGGGUCAGUCUAGCGUUCCUGGUCUCAGCCUCUGUCUCCUCCUUCGCUAUGGCCAACGUCCUCAUCGCCCUGCCUUUCGUCUUCAUGAUGGUGUUUGGAGGGUUCCUGGUCAACCUUAACUCCAUGUUGUCUUGGUUGUCAUGGCUGAAAUGGAUCAGCAUCUUCCGCUACGGACUAGAGGCGGUGACCAUUAAUGAGUUUAAAGGACAAAUAUUCUACAGCAACACAACCAUUCUUCCAGGGGAGGUGUACCUGGAGACCCAGGGAAUAGACUACAGCACCUGGGGUUUCUGGCAGAACCAUGUAGCUCUGGCUGGGAUCAUUACGGUGUGUAUGGUCUUGGCCUACAUACAGCUCAGACGGAUCAACCGCUGGAAGUGACACAGGCCGCAAGAAUAGAAUCAUAGAAUCAGAUUGAACUACACCUUCUGGAACAACAGGGGCUGAGAAGAGACACACAUCACAAGAAUAGAAUCAGAUCUAACUACACCUUCUGGAACAACAGGGACUGUGAAGAGACACACACACUCUCCACUCCAGUCCAUUGUAAAAUGGUUGUAUGGUUGUAUGGUACGUUUUGUGUUGUAGAAAUGUACUGGUGUAGUUAUGUUAUGAUGUUGAUGUUGUUUUUUGGUGCCUUAAUACAGUCUAAGUCCUGUCUGUGCCGGGGGAGGUUCUACUGAGCGAUGUGGAAUUGUUUUAAGAAGGUCAAACCAAGGAUCUUCUUGUUAUUUGAUGCCUUAAUACAGUCUAAGUCCUGUCUGUGCCGGGGGGAGGGGUUCUACUGAGCGAUGUGGAAUUGUUUUAAGAAGGUCAAACCAAGGACCUUCUUUUUAUUUGAUUUAGAGUUUUAAGACUCCUCGAGGUAUCAAAAAAUAAAAAUAAAACAAAUAUUUGA